AUGAGUUUUAUAAUCAAACACUCGUGGUUGAAAAAUCCAACAGAAGGGUUUGGUAAAUGUUUAACUGAAACAAACACAUACAUUUACAAUAGAGAUUUUAGUGGUGGUGAUAAUUAUAUAGAUGCAAGAUUUAUUGAUAUUGAUAGUGGGAUAUAUAUUGAUAUUACUGGUAUAAGUAAAAGUUCAAGUUUACCAUCAAAAGAAUAUGAUGAACAUCCAGAAAUUGGGAUUCAAAAAUUCGGUGCAGAAGAUGAAAUUUAUAAUGAUAGAAGAAAACAUUUCCAUACAUUAGAUCAAUUAUCACCGUUAAAUAUACUUAUUUACAAAGUACACCCGUAUUUAUACCUAAUGAAAUCAAACAAAGAUUAA